AUGCUCGCCUACGAAUUGAAACAAGCUGUGAGCUUCCGGCCGGUUAUUGAAGUUGUCGCGACUUUGGAAAGGCGAUUCAAAACGUUUAUCGGCGUCGUUUGGCUCUUCGGAGUCGUUUAUCCGCUUUGCCUUUGGGCCACUUUCUUCCCUUUCGUUUUGGUAGGUUUUCAUGACUUUGCGAAAAUUAUUCUGGCUUAACUCUGUAAAUAUCGAGCAUUUCCUUUUUUUUAUUUACUGAGAAAAUUUUUUUUUUUAGUUUGAAAGGUUCCUAUCCCAGUGCUUUAUUUUAAAAGUCAACUAAAAAACUUUUGAAAAAUUAACUUUCUUCGAUUUUUUUAUCCGAUAAUGUCAAUGAAUGGGUGUAGUUUUGAACGAUUUCUUCAAAAGCCCUAUUAAAAUUUUCAAAAUAAUAGAAUAUUAGAAAAAAUUUGGACCAUUUUUUUCCGAAAUGAUUCUAAUAAAAGCUCUUUCAUCUGAAAAAUAUUCUUCAAUUCUCUAAAUACUCUCAUUUUACUUGUAGCUCUUCACGGGCCAAUGGAUUUUGCUCGCUUUGUACGCCGCCUGGUUUAUUUACGACAAAGAUGCUCCGAAAAUGGGCGGCUACACGGCCAAGUGGUUCCGAUCGUCAGUCUUUCCUCCUGUUUUUAUCAGUGUCCCCGUGAAAAUCCCAUUCGUUUCUCUAUCAGACUCCAAUCUUACACAACCUUUUCGUUGAAAUGAUGAUAAAACUGAUAAGAAUUUCCAGAUGGAGAAUCCACAAAUGGUUUGCACAAUAUUUUCCAGUUCAACUCCACAAAACGGUCGACUUGCCCACUGAUAAGGUUUGAGGGAAAAAUAGAAUUUUGAGAGAAAUGAAAAUGAUUUUCAGAACUAUCUACUCGCCUACCAUCCCCAUGGGAUUUUGGGAAUGGGCGCAUGGGCCUCUUUCAGUACCAAUGGAUGUGGAUCUUUUGAAAAGGUCGGUUUCAAAAGGAAAUUGGGGAUUUUGCAGGGUUUUGGGUUGAAAUACUGUUUUUUUUUUUUGUUAAUUCAGAAAAAAAAUGGGUGAAUUUAUGAAAACUGUAUAUGAAGGUACUUGAAAGGUGCUUUGAAUAUCGUUUGAGCGUUCUUAAAAAUUUAAAUUUUUAAUUUGACGAAAAGAGAGGAAAAUGAGAAUAUUAGGUUCAUUUCAUUGUAGUUCUUUCAUGUGUUUGUGUAGAUAUUUCUUUGACUUAAAUUUCGAGAACAUGAAAAAAAAUUUUUAAAUGUUCAGAAAAUUUCCUUUUCGAUCUGAAUUUUAAUGGGCUUAAUUUUUAAAAAAAUCUUUAAAAAAAAUUUUUAAAAAAAUGAAAAAAAUCGUUCCUCACCAAGUCGAUUUUUUUCACAAACUGAUUUUUUUCCCUUCAGUAUCCCGGCAUCCGCUUUUCGCUCUGCACACUUCCUAUCAACUUCAAAUCCAUGAUCAGGUUGGUUUUACCUAAGAAGUUUUCCAAAAAUCUAAUUUUAUUUCAGACGAGAGAUCCUGAUGUUGCACGGUGUCGUGGAGAGCUCCAGAGAAAGCAUCGAAUAUAUUUUGAACUCGGAGGAAAAAGGAAAGGCCGCAGUGAUUGUUGUAGGUGAGAAAAUAAGGAAAAGAAGGGGAAAACUCGAUUAUUUUGAAAAUUGGAUUAAAAACGGGUGAAGACUGAUUUUUUUUCGCAUUUUUUAAUUAUUCAAACGUAAAAUAAAAAUGAAGGUUUCAAUUCGGUUUCGUUUCCAGGUGGAGCCGCUGAAGCUCUAGAAGCUCAUUCGGGCAAACAUACCCUGACUUUGGCCAAAAGAAAAGGAUUCGUCCGGGAGGCUCUCGUGACCGGGGCCAGCCUCGUCCCCGUCUACGCGUUUGGAGAAAAUGAGAUUUUCCGACAGGUUGGAAAAAAAAGGAAAAAAAAUUGAGGAAAUCAUGAUUUUAGGUCAAAAACCCGGUCGGCUCUCGGCUGAGACGGUUCCAGGAAUGGUCCAAAAAGACUUUUGGCGUCUCCUUGCCGGUUUUCCAUGGCAGAGGAUUCUUGCAGGUAUGAUAGAAAAGCUUUAAAAAAAACGAUUUGUUUUAAAUUUGAAACAGAAGUUUUAAUAACCCUGGGUAUCGAAAAUUAAUAGGAUUCGUGGAAGUUUCGAAAAAUCUCAAUUUCAUUCAACUUCAGACCACUUUUAGUACGGUAGUUUUAGCUGGAUAACUAGCUAGAUAGUUUUAUGUUACUAUUAAAAAGACAAUUGAACGAUCUCAGGCGUCAGUACUACCAAAAACCUCCAGUUCCUUGGUCCAAAGUUUGAUCAUCUCCGAUUUUCAGCCCUUCAUCGGCUAUCUCCCCCUGAGAAAGCCAGUGAACGUGGUCGUUGGGGCGCCGAUCGCCACGGAAAAGUUGCCAACGCCGACCCCAGAACAAAUCGAUGAACUCCACCAAAAAUACAUCGAAGCCCUGAACGACUUGUUCGAGCAGCACAAGGCAAAAUAUGGCGUCGCCGCCGAUGUUCACUUGAUUUUGCAAUAG